AGUGAUAUAACGAUAUAAGUUUAAUAAUAUAAAUAAUAUAAGUGUGUACAUAAUUUCUUCAUAAAAACAUUAGUACUUUUUUUUACAUUGUAAUAUAAUUUUUAUUAAUUAUUGUACAAUUUAAUUGUUAGGAGAAACUAAUUUGAUGCAUGUUGCUUAAAAUAAUCCAAAAUAAAAUUAGGUAGUUUAUAGUUGAACCAAAUGAAUAUUUUAUUACAAUUACAUAUACUGCGCACUUUUAUAUUAAAUUUUACUUUUUAAUUUAAAUGCUGUCUUUGAUGGACUGAAAUUAAAUUUGACAUCAUAUAAUCAUGAUGACCUGAUUUCAAUGAAUAUUGAAAUAAAAAAAAGUAGAAAUGAACUAUUUCUUUUUAAAAAAUAACCUAUUUGAGAUAUAAUUUAAAAAGUUAUUUGUCAUAAAAGUCACGAGAUAGAUGUCAAAUUGUUAGAAACUUCUCAUGAUGUAUAAUCUAAUUCAAUAAAUAAUUUAAUUAUCCAAUCAUCAAUUUUUCUAUUGUAAAAUGAUAAAACAUCUAACGUACAUACUGAUAAUGCAGGACUAAUGCAAUAAAACUACAAAAUACAUAUUUGCAUAACACGUAUAUACAAACAGGUACAUAUUUACAAGAUGAAGAUGAAAUAUUAUACAACUAAGAAUGUAGCACUUAUGUAGCAAUAUAAAUUUACAUAUAUAUAUACAUAUAUAUAUACUACAUGUUCAUAUAUGUAUACAUGUAUUAAAUGAGACAAUCAGCUGUUAUAUUAGUAGGUUUGAAACACGUGUUCUUUUUGUCUUCGACAGAUAUCAUUAAACGUAAUUAAACAAAGAAGAGAGACAUGUAGAUAUGUCACGAGUUAACUAUCCAUUUUUAGCAAUUGAAGCAAAGGUUGAUAAUUAGAAAGUAGUCGCUUCGAAACGUGAUUAGUGAUUAAUAUUCAUAUGUAAAUGAAAAGCUACAUUGUUUGGUAUAUGAGAGAGGACAUGAAUAAAUUCGACAAACACUUGCGAUGACGUAGAACAAACUUUUUUUGAGCCUACAGUGAUGAAUUUAGCCUGUUUGUAAUAUUCUCAAGUGACAUGCGUGUGCGCAAAUUUUUAAAAGGAAGUAGCACGCGCAAAAUCCUGUGUUAUACUAUCUUUUAUUUUUAAUAUAUCGUUAAUGUUCAUUUAAAAUGCGAUAAUAAAAGCAUAAUUUAGUAGUUCAGUUAUUCAUUGAAUAGAGUUUGUAACAUUAUUAUUGAAGUCAGCUAACAUUAAAAAGAUUGUGAGAAAUUAACAUUUAUAUUUAUACUAAAUUUAUAAUUGUAAAAAGAGAGUGUGCUUCAUUGUUUUAUGCAAAUUUUAUAUGACUUUUAAUGGAGUGGUGUAGGAAAUUACUUCACAAAAGAAAUAUUAUUCCUGUGGAUGAUGAGUUGGAAACUGUUGAUGAAAGAAAAGAGCGAUGGAGAAGUAUCUAUGCAAUUUAUUUUACUAUGUUUCUUAUGUCGCUCGGAUUCAGUAUUAUACUCACAGGAGUAUGGCCAUAUCUUGAUAAAUUGGAUAAAGAUGCUGGUAAAGAGUUCAUGGGAUAUGUAGUUGCAGCAAAUCCUUUGGGACAAAUGUUAUUCUCUCCUUUAGUAGGAUGGUGGGGAGAUAGAAGGGGAUCUAUAAGACUUCCACUUUUAUCAACAUUAGCUCUAUUUACAUUUGCAUCAGGAUUAUAUAGUGUCCUUGAGAUUGUACCAGGUGAUCAAAAAAUGUACAUGAUAGCCGCUAGAUUCUUGGUUGGAGUUAGUUCUGCUAAUAUCGCAGUAGCUCGAUCUUAUCUCUCAGCAGCUACAAAAUUUGUAGAAAGAACACAUGCUGUUUCAAUGGUGUCUCUAGCUCAGGUGUUAGGAUUUGUAGUAGGUCCUGGUUUGCAAGCUGCAGUUACACCUCUUGGAGAAAAGGGCGUAUAUUUUAUAAAUGUACCUAUUAAUAUGUAUACUAUGACUGGUUGGAUAAAUGUUAUAAUGGGAAUCCUUAAUUUUGUUUUAUUCCUUCCAUGGAAUUUCACAGAACAUCGAAUUGCUAUUCGCGAAGCAAUGAGAAAUGAAGGAAAACAAACUGAAGAAGAAACCCUGAAGUCUAUAAAACCAGACAUUCUGGCAGCAGUGACAUUAAUAUGUGCUUUUUUUGUUUUAGUAUUUAAUUUUGUCCUCCUUGAAACACUUGGUACUUCUUUAACUAUGGAUCAAUUUGCAUGGUCAAAAACGGAAUCUCUAUAUUAUAUGGGUCUAUUAAUGAGUAUUGGGGCUAUUAUGUCAUGCAUCACAUUUGUUAUGAUCGAACCUUUAUGCAAAAGAUUUAAUGAACGUAAGGUAAUGUUGUGGGGUGGAUUUUUGUUUAUGGUAAUAGGAAGAAUUUUAUAUAUUCCAUGGGGGCCAGACCCUCCGAAAAUUGCUGAUUACGGACCAUUUAACAACAUUACGAAAGAUGCCGAUGGUAUAGACAUCGUAGGAUGUCCACAUACUCAAGAAUGGUGUACCUAUACACCACAACUUACUGUCACACAGUUUUUCAUUGGGUACGGAUUCACUACUAUAGGAUAUCCAUUAGGUGUCACUUUAAUACAAACUAUCUUCAGUAAAGUAUUGGGACCUCGUCCUCAAGGAGUUUGGAUGGGAUUUAUGACAGGUGCUGGAUGUGCUUCUCGUGUGUUAGGUCCAAUAUUUGUUAGUGUAAUUUAUACUCGUUUUGGGACAUAUCAUACGUUUAGUGUUACUGGUUUAACAUUGAUAGUAUGUAUGAUAUGGUUACAAAUUGUAAACGAACGGUUGGUUCCGCCAAAAGUAACAAUUCCAUCAAAAGACGCGGAAAUUCCAUUAGUUCACUUGAAAUCUAAUUAUGCUCAAGGAUCAAAUGAUUCACAUAAAAAUAACAAAAGUGAGGGAUGUGAUAAAGUGUAGUGAGUACUACACUCUAAGUUCGAUUUUAUUUUUUUCGAGCUUAUAUACAUAACAUAUGGCUGCCAUUAAGAGUUUAAUAUAAAUGCAAUUAUGAUAUUACGAAAUGCAAGUAUAUUUUUUAUGGAUAUUUACAGGUUUUUUAAAAUACAUAUUUUAUAUACAUAAAUAUGUAGGUAACAAUGGAAGAAUAUAACCAGGGUCGUGUAGUUUUUAGAAUAAUAUAAUGUAAGUAAUGAAUUUGUUCAGUUUUAGAGUCAAUCUUAUAAAGUAAAAUUACAAAAUGAAAAUGAUAUAUAAUAUAAUAUGAUAAAAAAAAAAAAGAAUU